GUCGCGUUGCGAUGGCUACGGGCGUCAGCGCCGUCAAUGGCCAGGUGACUGAAGCAACCGGUCCGUUCGGAUAGGCCUCGACGAUUCCCGAGCUUCAUAGAAUGUACGUCAGUUUGCUCACCAAAGGGCUGUGUGAAAGCUACUUCCCUCCGACCUGUGUGGCGAGCCAGCUGCAGAGGCUGCCAGACAGCGGUUCACUCGGCCACCGUCAUGGCUGCAGGUCAAGGGAGCACCACGCCCCGUGAAGUCAACCCUGCUAGGGAGCACCCCCUGGAAAGGGUGACGCCUGAUGGACUGUCCCUUGGAGGAGGCGUUGCCAAUGAGGGCUUCAGCCGCACCCCGUCGGAGGCCCUGUUUGCCGUGGUGCCAGCGGCGAGCACCCCCGACGGCAGUCUCUACUCGGAGAGUGCCACCCUGCUCAAUGGGCAGCUGCCGCGUCUCACCACCCUCGAGGGCAAGCCCCGCCCCGAGCUCUUGGACGAGGAGGACACUGCCUGCCCGCCGAACAAGGUGGCGCUUGGUGGCAGUGAUCGACCACUGUCCCCUAGCGGAGCCAUCUGCUUGGACCUUGUGGCCGACGUAUCUGCCGAUGCAGCCGCCGAGGAAGAGACUGCCAUCACCAAAGAACGACUUCGUGUUGUAGCAAUUCAGGUUUUUGUUCCGUUCCUGACGGCUGGCUUUGGCACAGUCGGUGCCGGGUUGGUACUGGAUGCGGUGCAGCAGUGGCCGGCGUUUGAGCACGUCACCGAGCUGUUCAUCCUGGUGCCAGCACUGCUGGGCCUCAAGGGCAAUCUGGAGAUGACGUUGGCUGCCCGCCUCUCAACACAGGCCAAUUUGGGCAACAUGGACACCGCUGCCGAAUGUGCGGCCAUGGCCGCCGGCAACAUGGCCCUCAUCCAGUGCCAGGCGACGGUGGUGGCGUUCCUAGCGUCCCUGUUUGCCGUCCUCAUGGGAUACCUGACCGAGAGCCACUUUGAUUCGGCCCAGGCGGUCAUGCUCUGUGCCAGCAGCAUGGUCACUGCCAGCGUGGCCAGCCUGCUGCUCGGAUCCCUGAUGGUAGGUGUCGUGAUACUGGCUCGCAAGUGGCAUCUUAAUCCAGAUAAUGUGGCCACACCCAUCGCGGCCUCGCUCGGCGACCUCACCACCUUGGCACUGCUCGCAGGCGUCAGCAGCCUACUCUUCCAUCAAAUCGAUGUGGUGUGGCUGUCUCCUCUGGUGGUGUGUGUGUUCCUGGCGGGUAUUCCCAUCUGGGUGUACCUGUCCAAGCGAAAUCCCUACACCCGGGAGGUGCUCUGCACCGGAUGGGUCCCCGUCAUCUGUGCCAUGGGAAUCUCCAGUGUUGGUGGAUGCAUCCUAGACGCUGCUGUCACUAAAUACCACGGCCUUGCAGUCUUUCAGCCUGUGAUAAAUGGGGUUGGGGGCAACCUGGUGGCCAUCCAGUCAUGCAAGCUGACCACCCUGUUGGCCCAGCGCUCCAAGUUGGGCAGCCACCCGAGCUCAGAUGCCAAGAGCUGCAUCGACCCCUGCUCCGCGUUCUGUGGAAAGAACUCUCACGCUCGUACGGCACGUCUCCUGAUGCUGAUGGUGCUGCCAGGGCAUCUCAUCUUCGUGUACACCAUUAGACUCCUCACCUCUGGCAACACUGUGAUCACCCCUAUGUUCCUGGCCUGCUACAUGACGGCCGCCCUCCUUCAGGUGGCACUUCUGCUGUACACUGCGCGCUGCAUGGUGUACUGGAUGUGGAGCCGUCGAGUGGACCCGGACAAUGCCGCCAUCCCUUACCUGACGGCCCUGGGCGACCUGCUCGGAAUCGCACUCCUCGCUGCCUCCUUCUGCCUGCUGGAUGCGCUCGGCGACGCAGCAUCCACGCACCCGACUACCACCACCACCACAACGACCUUCGCACCGGUCACCGUCACCAUGCCGUUUGCCAGUACGGGAAUCAUCGACUAAAGACAUGGAAGGCUUAAGCCGUGUGGAUCAGCGGUAAAGGAAAAAAGACAGCACAUAAGAACACGUAUCUGCCAGUUCGGAUGCGCCUGCCCAUCAGCCGUGGCAAGCACAAACCAGUUGGAACAACUUCAUGCACGGCUGACGCCUCGGUGGAUGUGGCGGUCUGCGCCGAGGAUGACUUGAGUCAAAACUGGCCGUGCAAUGUCGCGUGACUGUAGUCACUGGCACAUUGUGUGUGCGUGUGUACUCCCAGUUUCCCGUGUGCCUUGUGCACUUCGGUCUUUUGGAAUCGUUUCUGUUGUUGGGCGGAACGCGAAGGUCUUUCGGAAAAGGCUGUCGUCCCGGUGCUGGUGUAGGUGUUUCAUGUUCCUCGCUUCCACUUAGAGCGUAGGCACUCUCCCAGUCGUGCGGUUGUCACCGGUGAGCGUAGAUUUGUGUCGUAGGGAGAACUCGAAGCAGAGUCCAGGUUUGCGCUGAGGCUGAUAGCGAGGUCAGCUGCGCUAUUUGAAGGUCCAUUUGUCACGGAACCUUCGUCACGGAAUCUGUCGCGAUUCCAUCAGGGCGGACGAAUGGGUCGGGAUGUGGUUUCAGGGAAUCCCAACUACAGCAAUCCGGAGAAUGUUUCGGGUUGCAAUGUCUCAAUUCCGGUGUGGAUAGCUUAGUGCGCCAGUAUUUAAAAAUACUACAUUGUUGAAAACCAUGCAUUGUUAUCAAAGAAGACAGGCAUGUCAUGCACAAAGGCCUUACCCAUGGUUUAUGUUCAUGAUAAGUGACUCAAAUAGGUAGGGUGAAAGCCCAGUGGUUCUCAUUUCUUAUGUUUUGAUGACGGCUACUGGCAACAUAAACGGGAAGCUUACGUGGAAACAACCAUUGAAAUCUCGUCUGCCCACGGAAGCUUGGAAAGCAAUGUAAAUUGGUGAGGUCGACAUGAUAAAACCAAAUAGGGAACAUUUAUUCAAGUUUUUAACUCUUUGUGUUUGUUCUGUACUCUGUUCCUUUUACUGUCUUGUGGCACGCGUUGAGUUUCAGUUUGUUACUGUGUUUCUUAGUGAAAUUUCAGUAGCGUGUUGUGGGCCUUUUUGUGAGCUUUUCAGAGGCACAGCACUUUUAUGUUACGAGACAUAAACAUGUUGUCCUAGAGCCGGCUUUAUUUGCUAAUUUUAUGAAGUACGCUUGUUUCGCCGUUGUCAAAAUGAGCGGGGAAAGAAAUCGAUGGCCAGCCACUUCUUUCCGGUCGCAAUCUCUUGGAUCAAACAUUAACUGAGCACUCGUGGCUAGUAUUUUACAAACGUGCUGCCGGGGAGCUCAAGAGCUUGUGUGGGAGAUUGAAAUCGCGGAAAGCUUUGAAAAAGGGUGCAGCUGAAAAUUGAAAGCGUGUGAGUACUAAAAUUUGUGCAUCAGUUCAGGAAAACAGUUGCAUUCAAUGGCACAAUCGUGUUGCAAGUCAAGGCAGGACAUCCUAUGGGCCUGUUGGUGAAGCCAGAGUUUUAUGGAGCCUGUGGACAAUGCUUGCUGUAAGAAAACAGUCUUGAUCCUCACUUUAUUGUUUUAGUUUUUCACUGAACAUUGCUCAUAUAUUAGCUGGAUCACAGUGGUGCAGGUAUCUCUACCUCCUUCGAUUUAAUUCUCUACUGCAGGCAUCUAGAAAAUUUUAUUGGCACUUGCAACUGAUUUCACGUUAGUGUUCUAGUUCGAGGUUUAUGUAUUGCUAACUGGCACUUUUUAGUAAAGAAAGCAGCGUAACUCAUUCCACUUUCACUUAUUGGGGCUGCCUACGUAGUCCAGUCUUUAAAGCCUGCCAAUUGUUACUGGGCAGACAUCUUGCAGACAUGGCUAAAUUAGUUACACGUGUAGUCUGUGCAGGCGGUAGUAAUUCUGUCAAGUACUCAUGUACUCCGGUGUCCCAAAAGCUAACUCAAGUGGUGAACUGGUCAACGAAUCUGCAAUGCGCAGCCCUGAACACUUCCGCGCCGCCAUCUGUAUUCUUUAGGUGAGCGAGUUGCAUGCUCAAACCUGCAUGCGAGACCGGCGGGUUUCUGGCAGAACCAUUCAUACCCUGACAUCAUGUGGUGUUUGUAUGUAUCUCUUGAUGUUUGACGUGCAAAUAUUGACGCACUGAGGAGGCUUUAUGGCGAGUGAGCACCAGACCUGUCGUGCAUUGCUUGGUGCCAGCCUUUUUGGCGGCCGAAUCUCUCUUCGUUGCUUAGGGGCUGCGCUCGCUUUGGAGCUUCUCGGCUUUUUCGUUAGUUCUCGUGUCGCAAAGGACGAGUCCAGAAAAACUUCUGUCUUUGUGUACUCGGUGACAUGUGAGGCCCCUGAUUAAUCAGUAAAAUGAUGACUGAGGCUAGUUCAUGUUGACUUUGAAUAUGCUCUGAUCGACAGUAUCGCAAAGAGAACUGACAGACCUGUCUGUUAACCUGUUAACCCAGGUCUGUUGUGCGAGUCCUUUUCGUGAUACUUUAAAUGAACGCACACCAUAGUCCCCUGGUUAGUUUCUAGGAUUGCUGUAAGACAGACGCAAUGUGGACGAUACCGGUGAUGGCGCUGCUACCUGUCUCUGAUAUCCAGACUAUCUAGUUUUAUCGCAUGAAAGAGGUGGUUGCUUCAGCACUUUAUUCUUGGGAAGAGAAAAACAAGCGUAUGCCGCGCGGCGGUGGGUUGGCGGCGAGGUACACAACAAGACUUAUCCUGCCAUGUGUGCUCCUCAUGUACAAACUUAGCCUUUAGGAGUCCGGUGUUUCUAGCCGGUCGAAAAGUUUUCAAUGUCGUGUUGCAACCCGGAGCUCUUGCUGUGUUCCUUAGUUCAAUGUACUAGUACUGGCCUGGGCUUGUUGGCACAGAAACUGAUGAUUAAUCCUUCUUCGCGUGCUUGUUUUUUUUUUGUUCAGUCGCUUUGAGAAUAGGCACUUUUACGGCAUAUGGUGGCAUUCUUGUUGUCCCAUGCUUUUGGAUGUGUCUGACAUUUUCCUUUUCUUUUUUCCCUCUAUGUUCUUUUCUUUUCUUUCUGAUCUGCAUUUUCUCUUAUGGGUAGCCUGGAAACAGUAGAAGUUUCUCAUGGCAUUUUUAGCAGUAUCAUUAUGAGACUUUUGAUGGAUUAAGCAAUCGCGUAUAAGUUUCUCGGCAAUGAAGACGUUAAGAACAAAUAUAGACUGCUGAAGAAGAUAGUAACUAGCUGCAAGGCUGCUGUAUUAAACUUGUUGCCAUUAUUAGUAGAUUAAGACAAUUUUAAAUGAAUAUUUUAGUUUUUUAAAUUUAGGCUCGUGCUUUUUCGAAAGCAAUUGAAUUUAUCUACCAUGUGCUAUGUACAGUAGCACAACGGCUAUCGUACUUUAUUUGUGGCUUUUUUUAUGGAAGCUUAUUUUUACAUGCAAAUAAGUAUGUUUGAUGCUACAGGAUUAACGAGACCCACUGUACACAGUAGUUGACUAGUUCUGUGGAUAUUGCGUCUAGGUAGGUUAAAAUACAGUGGAAAAAUAUGUGUUGUUGUUUGUAAGUGGUUAUUCAGUGCACAUUGUAGUACCUCGGUGCGACAACUGCGCAUGAGCUGUGGUUAAGGGUCACGAACAUGCUCGUAUGAGUAGUCAUUCGAAAGCUGCGAUCUGAGAAGUUCAUUGGAAUGCACACUCCGUGUUUAAAUUCCUGAGGUAGUUAAGACUUUGAGAAGCAGUUUGGCUGCUCGGCUAAAAGCUCGUGUCUGCAAGGAGUAGGAAGUGGCGUAAAUGUUUCCAUACGUAAGCCACACAAUACAUGCUAUGCCUCCUGUUUUUGCAGCAAUGAUUGUCACUGUCUUUUUGGUCAUUUUCUUCCUCCAACGCUGCAUAUAAUUGGAGCUUUGCUAAUGGUCACUCAUACGCAUACACAUUGUCAACGAGAAUGCGAUUUGUGGUAUUGUAGCAAAAGUUUAGCAUACGAGCAAAAGUCUAGCAUACUGGUAUUACUUGCCAGUGUGUAACAAUGCACAAGGUAAAAUUUUUUUUUACACAGAUCAUCAACUGUAAAUGCGGUCAAAAUGCACAGCAUUGUUGAUUGACAGGUAUCGAUAAAUGUGACACGACAGUACUUUUUAGCCGACAAAUCUGUCUUUUUCAGGGUGCCUCUUGUAUUUUUUCGUGAAAUGGGGAGACUGCUUUGAGCUCUCUGCUGCCGCUCGUCACUCUAGCGCAUUCCCCUUGAACUGGAGCGAUGUGUGAUGUGAUACUAGUUUGAAAAGAAAAUCGGAGCUCUUUAAAAGACUAAUGUUAGUAAAAAAAAAAAAGCGCCGUUAUGCAAGACACUAACCUAUUUUUCUGGGUGUCUAAAGGAAGUGCUUAGUCAUUUGCAGAUUUGCGCUGAAUGAUUUUUGCAUGUUGCAUUUUGAGGUGGUCACACUACUCCAAUGUUGUGCAACAGUGUAGCCGUUCAAUCUCCCAUGUCAAAGCUACUCUACCAUGGUCCUCAAAGAAAAACAAGGUCAAGCCCGUGGAAUGUGUAGGAUCGAUAAUGAGAGCCAUGCAUCGUCAGCGAGCAUUAAAAUAGGAAUGUUUGAAGAAUGAAACGAGACUGUUGACGUCGAGGAAGGAUGUUAGAAUUUCACAGCAGUAGCUUUGGCUGUGGAGUGUAUGAUCGGAAAACGGCAGCACUUAAAGGCUCGCACAAGUUAGGACCGCACACUGCACCGAACUGGUGUGUGUGAUAGUGACCAUACGGUUCAGUCCAGAGCCAUCUAAUGGAGCUGAAGCAAAGGGGAAUAAUGCAGAAGGCGUAAUAGGGGUAGGUACAGUCGACACACGAAACUAAAGUCUUUCAAUGGUGGAUGCAGCGCAUUCGCGUCCCGUUGUUGAGUGCCUCGUUGCUCACGCAAGUCAUUGUACAAGUGCAACACAGCGGCGGCUGCGACAUCACUGUGGUGGUGUGAAAGAGGUCGACAAUCUGAGCAUCGGUGGCUGCUGAUUCGUCGGAAGCGGGGUAACGCUUGGGUGGCUCACUAGUUUGCGGUGUCAUGCUCGUUAGGCUUGCUGCAAUGUGAGUGAGUCCAGUGUCUCGACGUGCGCGUGUUUUAGCAGUGUUGGUAGGAAUCCAGGCAACUCAUUUUAAUUAAGUUCUUCAGCGGUGCCAUUCAAGUCAGGCAUGUUGCUGGUCUGUUUGAGCAUCUGGAUGGGUAUCGACAGAGCAUUGUGUUUGGUCAGUCUCUGGAAGAUUCUGGUCACCCCCUAUGCAGCCAUCUGCUUGUAAUGUCGGAGCUUGCAUUUCUUGUCUGGUUUGCCCGUGCUGUGCUGUAGCUGGCGUGAGUGCUUGAAACACGCCCCGUGCUUUUCCGUGUGUUAUUCCAUUGUGGAUGUUGGCUGCGCAUUUUUUAUUUCCCCUGAAGCUGCUGGUUGAUUCUACCUUUAAAGAUGGGAGUUUCGUGCGUGUUGGGUGUGCAUCGUUGACUUUUCCACGAAGGCAUUCCGCAAUACCUCUACUGAAGGAAACCUUCGUGGUCACUCUUUGGGCAAGUUGUAAUGUCUUAAUGAUAUUGAUACAUAUUUGCAUUUAAGUUGAGGGAAUCGGAGUCUCAAGACUCUUUUAGCAGAACCCAGGAAUUGGCCUUGCAUUUGUAAAGAAGCAGCAGGUGGACAUUUGCCAUGUUCUGUAUCACGGGUAUCCGCAGCUUUGAGCUGAAGUUCUGUUGAAGCGUGGAGUGUUUUGAACAGCAUUCUGCCAAACAGUUCCAGAAGGUCGUGAUGAACCUGUAGCAGUCUUACUUUAGACAGUCUUUUUUUUAGAGAGACUGCAGUGAAGUAUCGCAUCCCAAUACCCUGCUUGCCUUGGCAUGGUCAAUGUUUAGUACUCUCAGUCAUCUUAUGUUCGCAUGCGUGGCACCCCAGCGGUGCUUUGCCGACCGUCUCCUGUAGGUUACGGUACUCAUUCCAAUGAUGCAGUCAACAGCUUUCAUGCUUCUGUUGUUACUGCAAGUAGUGACUGGUGGAGGUAAAGCCAGAUUUACACGACAGACUUGACCGCAUAAAGAUUGGCCAAGCGGCAAAUGUUACCGCAAACUUGCAAAUAAUUCCUGCCUGCUGCGAGCAUCGACAAUGAUGCAGACAACAUUGGAACAAAUGAAAAUUGCUCUCACACCGAGAGCCACACCUAGUGCAAUUUGAUCGCGUGUGUUUUGUGUGGCGGUUUUCGCGGAUAACGCGGAGGCAUUCCCAAGAAGCGGCAUGCGGUGACAUGCUGUGUGCUGUUGAGGCCCAUAUCUCAACUUGGUCUGUUGUGUGAACUUGGUCUUGAGGCAUUCUGUCUGCUCUACAAGACUUAAGCGUUUUCUCCAAAGCGUCGUUUGAUUUAGGUUUAUGGUAAGAAUGUGGGCAUGGCACUGGGAGUGCACUUAGAGCACGCUGGGAGCAACCGCUGGUGCAAGCAUGAAUACUAGUUCAUCUCCACUCCAGUACUUUCCUUUUCUUUUUUGCCUUGGGCACUUCCUCGUGUCAUUUUGGGACUAGGAUUCUCAAGCACGUAAUGUUUACUGUUGUGCAGAGACAUAUCUAAUCUCUCUUCUCUAGGCCAAUGAAUUGUCAUAUUGAAUUGUCUUUGUUUGCACAGAUACAGAGUACUUAUAUUUAGUAGUAUUCCCUUUUGGAAUGUUAUUUUGAAUGCAGCAUGGAAGGAAACGAGUAUUGUUUUGUAUUUUGGUAUUAUUCUGUUUGGUGUUAACGCUUUUUUAGGCUUUUAAAUGCAUCCACUAACUCGAUACACACAUAUUGUUUUUAUCUCUUUUUUUUUCAAAAAGAAAAAGAUCCAGGAAAGAGCUGGCAAGUGUACUUUCAAACUUUAUAGGCCAUGUGGUGUUUGUAUUUGCGUUGUUGCAAAUGUUGCGCUGGGAGUUUUUCUCACAAGCUUCUAACUGCACGUGUACGAGAUGCUUGCGUAGUAAUCCGCCACAACCUCCGCCCCUGUCUCACUGCCUGGGCCGAAAAGUGCGAGGGAUAUUUGUGUAGACUCCUAUGUCCGAGAAAAAUGUGUGGACUGGUGAACUGUGAGAACGCGUGCUGCACUUUCUCACAUGAUAGUUUCGAUUGAUCGAGCCUGGCUCUCAGAGCACGUGCAAUGUCUGGUCUCAAAUCUUACUGAUCGAUGAGGUGCAGUCUUACUGAUCGAUGAGAUGCAGUUUUUCAGUGCAGUAUGUUAUUUAUUGCCCAUGGCUGCCCCUUGUCAUUUUAUUUUUGCAUAAAUAUUGCAUCUGUACCUUCACCUCUAAUGUAUUGUCAAUUUUAGGUGGUAAACCCUCUUUCUUAAUCUUUUAACAGUUAUUGUGAGCAUAACGGUGCAGAAUUCUCUUCAUAUUUUUGCCCUGUGGUUUUUACAAGUGUGUUUUUGCAUCUUGAUAGCCCCGUGAACGCGUGUUUUGAUCGUUUCUUUUGUCUCAUUGUUUUACCUAUGCCUCUUGCUAAGGCCGCAAGAAUCCCAGAGAUCUUCGUUUCACAAUUGCGAUACGCUGUGAGCCAGCCAGUUUAGUCUUGUGGCUAGGUUAGCAAUGCAUUUUUAAAAAUAUUUCAUUUGUGUAAUUGUCACUAUUAAUGGUAUUGAAUGCAAUUUCAGAGCGUUGUCUUGACUUGUUGAGCUCGUCUGUUUUAGAUUCUCUUUUUUUCUCAAAGAACUUGUAUUUGUUCCGAACUUUCAUUGAGCUGCGUUCUGCUGCAAUGGUUUUGUAUAAAGACUGCCGGUGUAUUUGGGAACUGCAUUUUUCUCCUUCUUUGUUCAACGUCACGAGAGUUAAUGAGGUUGAUCGUUGUGCGUGAGGGGCAUAGAAAUGAGGUGUACGUCGCUAUGGUGCCAUGACUUCUAUAUAACGCCGGCACAGUGCAGGGGUCACAAAGGCACAGGCUGAGGGCCGCAGCUGCUGCUCUAAGGCAGUAGCCCUUCAGUAUUUUAUUAACCAAGCCUCUAUCUCAGGGCACUUCUGACUUGGCAAAAAAAAAAAAAGCUUAUAUAAAUCAUUUGAAAUCAGCUUUGUCGCCCUGCUGUCAACAGCAACCUAGGCGUUGCUGAAGAGUUCAUAAGGAAUAUGUUACGUGCAUACUCUGUUAGCCCUCUAUUCUUUUGUACACGCGAAGCUUUUCUCUUGGGUUGAUGAAAACUUCCUGCAAAUGGCUCCAACAGCACACAUGCUGCUAUUGUGGGCUGUUUGUGCAGAUGCAGCUAUGUAGUCAUGCUGAAACGUCCACAUAGUGUUGCAUGAGUGCUGCGCAAUGCAGCCGAGGUACACGCACGCUUUCUCCCCUGAAGCAUAAAGACCAGUUGUCGGAGAUAGGCUCGUGUUAGCAUUGCACUCUACUUGUGAACUCGAUGUCUGUACAUGAGGUGCUCUUGUGAGAUACUCUUUAUGCGUAGUUGCGAAGCCACUCUGCCAAUGGGAAUCGUAAUUGAAACGUGAAGCCAUGUUUUCGUAACUCGUGAACGUGGCAUAGGCAGGAGGUAGCCAUUUCAGUUUCCAAACCCUUCUGAAGUAUACUAAACCCCUCGAAGGGGCUGACAUGCGUGUGAAGGAUAUAUAUUCUGGAAAACCCUCUCCCAGAUUAAGAACCAGGCACAGACACUAGGGGCAGGCCUCAUGCUCAUAAAAGCCCAGGAGUGUUUGUUUCGUGAAGCCUUUGGAUUUUCAAAACAACUGCAUGUAUCCCGGUCAUGCAUGCAGCAAUUUUGGAGCUUGUGAUAGUCGCAUCAUUUUACAAAAUGUUUGAUUUUCGCUUAAGGCGUAAUCACCCGAGAACAUCUUCAAGUAGGCACAACGUUCAAGUUUCAUAGCUGUUUUAAAUAUUGCAACAAGAGCUGGAGUUUAAAAGAAAGAAGCGCAGUUGCAUUUGCUGAUGAGGUUAUGGGCCGGUUUUCUUGGUUUCCUCGAAUAUUGGGGUCGUCUGGUUAUUGGGACACUGGGUUCCACAGACCUCAGACUCUUGUGCACUUUGCGCACGAAACUUGCGCCUAUGCCAGCUGCCCUCCCUGCUGUAAACCCAGUGAUUGUGUCUCUUUAUUCAUUCUUUUCAAAUGUGUGUGUACGUGCUUGUGCUGUGAUGUCGGCCGCUCUGUCGCGUUCUGUUGCCUUUAGGCCCUUUCGUGGGACGAUCGUUGGACAAUGCCGUGGGAGUCGGAUGGCCUUGUAUAUGGGAGGGGUAUGGAAAAUGCAAGUCUUUCAACUGUAUAGCCUGAAUCGGUCAUUUCUGCUUCUCCUAGGCCCUGUGUAAUGGACUUGGGUGAUCGUGCAACCGUCUACCUGUGUACUUAUGCCUUGUUUGUGUGUGUCUCCACGUGUUUGUGUAGUGCGCGUCACACUUAACAGGAACCUUACCGGCAUUCAAGGAGAGUCAUCGUGGUAACCUUUAUAAGUGCACACGUUUUGACACUUAUAAGUACAGGAAACCAUGUACUUAAUUGCCUGCAAUGUUUAUCAUAUUUCUCAUCUCUACUGCAGUUCGAGCUGAAGCAAAAUUUACAGGAGUAAUGUAUUUAGUUGCGCUGUCGGGAUGGAGUUGAUUGGUUGUACAGUACCAGAUGCUUGGUGGAGCAACGUGAGGCAUUCUUUCGCACUGCGGUAUUAAAACAAACUAGCCUGACCAUUAUGAUGUGAAGAUGUGAUUUUGUAAAGAUUACCAUUGCAGAUUCGAGUGUAACUCCCGCAUUUCAACAGUUAUCUAGGAGAAUGUUGGGGACAUUUUAGGUGGACGAAUGUGAAAAUUAAGGCUUGCCACAAACAUCCAUGUUAAGCCGAAAACCUGUUGAUAUGAUAUUGCAAGUGUUCCAUGUAAGUGUGAUCCGCGAUGUGAGUAUGCGUCUAGCGUUUGCUCGUUGAUGUCGGCCUUUUCGCUUCACGCGGUGUACGGCUGCGCGCGUGACGUCAGUGCUUUCAGCGCAGCCGUCGCCACCUGCUCGAAGUCUGCCUUGUGGUGGUUGCGAUCCACGUGACCUUUGAGUCAGUGCAAAAUAAGGAUGAUGACGGUGAUUGAGCAAAAGUUACAAUAAAAGUCACUGAUUGUGCGUA